AUGCCAGUCUCCUCCGAGCCAGCUCCUCCACCAUGGCACUACAUCAGCAAGCUGGUCUGUAUCGGUGACAGUGGCUGCGGCAAGUCUAGCCUUACCAUUCGACUCUGUGAAGGUCGCUUUGUCAACAGUCACGAUGUGACCAUUGGCGUCGAGUUCGGGUCGCGCAUCGUCCCAGUUGGUCCUCCUGCUAAUGCUGCUCUCCACAUCAACGAUCCAUCGUCGGCGCCGAUUGGCGGUAUGUCUGGACCCACAAGUCCGGGGCCACAGCGGAAGGCAAAGGGCGAUCAAGAACAGAAAAAGAUGAAGCUCAGCCUCUGGGACACCGCUGGCCAGGAGACCUACAAGUCCAUCACUAGAUCAUACUUCCGAGGCGCAUCUGGCGCAUUGCUAGUGUUCGACAUCACGCGGCGCUCGACCUUCGAGUCAGCAACGGGGUGGCUGAAUGAUCUACGCCAAAUCGCAGAGGACGAUAUCGUUGUAAUACUGGUGGGCAACAAGAGCGAUCUCGCAGACAAGGCAGGCGACAACAGACGAGCAGUCACCAGGGAAGAAGCCGAAGAAUGGUGCAAGCGAGAGGGUGUGAUGCGGUAUGUCGAGACGAGUGCGAAAUCUGGAGAAGGCGUGGAGAGAGCGUUCCUCGAAGUGGCGGAAAGGGUGUAUCAGAAUAUCGAGGCGGGGAAAUAUGAUCUGAACGAUCGAAGAAGUGGAGUCAAGGGAUAUGGGACGGGUGGAGGUAGGGAAGCCGGAGCACCCCAAAAGACAGUCACACUGGGUCUGAAUGAUGCAAUGAAAAGUGGACAGAGAGGAGCGGGUGGUGGAUGCUGCUAA